AUGGCAUCUGCUACUCUCCUCAAGUCGUCUUUCCUUCCCAAGAAGGCUGAAUGGGGUGCCACGCGCCAGGCUGCCGCUACCAAGCCGGUGACUGUCAACAUGGUUGUCCGUGCUAGCGCCUAUGCUGAUGAGCUUGUCAAAACCGCGAAAACCAUCGCAUCACCAGGAAGGGGUAUCCUUGCCAUGGAUGAGUCAAACGCUACCUGCGGCAAGAGGCUUGACUCCAUUGGCCUUGAGAACACUGAGGCCAACCGCCAGGCUUACAGGACCCUCCUUGUCAGUGCCCCAGGCCUGGGACAGUACAUCUCUGGUGCUAUCCUCUUCGAGGAGACCCUCUACCAGUCAACUGUUGAUGGCAAGAAGAUUGUUGACGUCCUUAAUGAGCAGGGAAUCGUGCCUGGUAUCAAGGUUGACAAGGGUCUUGUGCCACUUGCUGGCUCCAACAACGAGUCGUGGUGCCAAGGUCUUGAUGGCCUUGCUUCACGUGAAGCAGCCUACUACCAGGCUGGUGCCCGCUUCGCCAAGUGGCGCACUGUUGUCAGCAUCCCCAACGGUCCAUCUGAACUUGCCGUGAAGGAAGCUGCCUGGGGCCUUGCCCGCUAUGCCGCCAUUUCACAGGAAAAUGGUCUGGUGCCAAUUGUGGAGCCCGAAAUCCUUCUUGAUGGUGAGCACUGCAUCAAGAGGACCUUCGAGGUCGCACAGAAGGUGUGGGCAGAGACCUUCUACUACAUGUCUGAGAACAAUGUGAUGUUUGAGGGCAUCCUGCUCAAGCCCAGCAUGAUCACCCCUGGUGCUGAGUGCGAGGAGAGGGCCACCCCUGAGCAAGUAGCCGAGUACACCCUCAAGCUCCUCCACAGAAGGAUCCCUCCUGCCGUUCCUGGCAUCAUGUUCCUGUCUGGUGGGCAGUCUGAGGUUGAGGCGACCCAGAACCUGAACGCCAUGAACCAGAGCCCCAACCCGUGGCAUGUGUCCUUCUCCUAUGCUAGGGCGCUGCAGAACACCUGCCUCAAGACAUGGGGCGGCAGGCCCGAGAACGUGAAGGCAGCACAGGACGCCCUGCUGCUGCGUGCCAAGGCCAACUCCCUGGCGCAGCUUGGCAAGUACACCAGCGAUGGUGAGGCCGCUGCGGCCAAGGAGGGCAUGUUCGUCAAGAACUACAGCUACUAA